AUGGGCAGAAAAAUGGAGAAGUUACGAUCUCUCACUAUUGAGAAUGCCAAUAUAAGCAAUAUUGCCUUCAAAUGUAUCCCAAAAACUUUGGUUGAAUUGUUCGUAGCGUUCACUGCUGUAUCGGAUGAAGGCAUCAGCAGUCUAGCUCAGACGGAUUCACAACUUCAUCUACUCGACAUUCGUGGAUGUCCUCGUAUCACUGGACAGGGUCUGAUUACGGCAUCCGACAUUAAGAGCCUUCGAGAAAUUUGGAUAUUACGGUUUAUGGAAGGCUGCGAUGCGGCAAGAUUAUCGCUUAGAGAUUGUAAUCCACACUUGAUGAUCCUGGAUGAGGUGGAUCGUCAAAAGAUGGCUGUCCCACAACACAUGGAUUUCUAUAGCAUAUAUUUCACGAAUGUCUUCGGGAAUCCUCCCAGUGAAGAAGUGGAAGUUGACAUGCGAUGA